AGCUGAACAGCGCCUGUCCACCUGCAGUAGGGCGCGAGACCGACCGGGACAAUAUUCUCUCGCAUCGCUCAGCGGAACCUGCUACCGACAGCACAUCUCACAGGAAUUAUCUGCACGUUUGUGAAUAACAAACAUCUGCCUCCUUCGCUGAUGGCCAAAAUGAAAACCGGCUGCGCGAUUCUUGUGGCGUGUGCCUUAGUUGUGGGCACAUCUUUGGGGAGUCACUGGAACGCUCAGACGGUUGCUCCAUGCAGACCUGGCUUCUCCCAGAGCUUCUACACCGUAUUUGUCCCCAGGGUUGUGCUGCAAGGCCUGAACAUCCACAAAGGUAAGAGCUUGCAGUGCAUUGCACAAUUCGGUGCUGGUUUAUAUGUGUGUGUGUGUGUUAAUCUCAGUGGAGGUUUAGCAACAGGUUUGUGGGUGAACACAAAUGCUCGUGUAUCACUUCCUCUCCCUUUUUCUGUGUGUGUAGGCUAAAUGCAAUAUGUUGAAUAUCAUUUCAGCUUGAUUUUUGCAUUUUUUUGGAGAAAAUGCACAAUAGCUUUUACCUUUUCAGUAAUUUAGUAGUUGGGCUUACUGUAUGAUCCCUCAAGAUGUGUUGGAACCAGUUUCAGCUGGCUUCAAAAGAAAAGCACAGUGUGGAAUAACAAGCACAAAUAAACGGUUUAAAAAGGAGGAGCGGAGAUGCAGAUAUGCCGGCAUGCUGAAUGUUGAUAGUACACGCAGGACCAGUAAUGCAAUUAGAACACGUUUAAAACACACAAUGCUUCUCCAAUGCAAUUUUCAAGGUCUGCGAAAUGUCAGGUGAUGCAUUUAAAGACUCACAUCCGCGAUGUGCCAAAAGCAACGCUUCCAUCUAGGUGGGUGUCAUAAGCGUAUACGCAUUCUUAAUCAUCAAGAGCUACAGUUGGCGCACGUCUGCUUUAAUAAAAUUCUCAAAGCCAGUGUCUCCUACUGAUCACAAUCAAUAUGCAUAUUAUUCAGCUUUAGUUUGACUAUCAGACAAACCUUGGCUGGAUGAUUAAAAACAUAAAUAAAUAAAAAA